AGCCCCAGCUCCCACUCCAAACCUGGGCCUGAAACAAUGUCCUCCACCAAAAGAAACAUGAAGGACACUUGAUCACACAAUCCUUGGAAUUAUUUCCAGGAAACCCUUAUAGAGACCAUUCGGAGCACCCCUUCCCUGGCGGUGCACACUGUGACGGCUAGGAGAUGAGCGCAUCUUUGAAUUAUAAGUCUUUUUCCAAAGAGCAGCAGACCAUGGACAACUUGGAGAAGCAACUCAUCUGUCCCAUCUGCUUGGAGAUGUUCACGAAGCCUGUGGUCAUUCUUCCCUGUCAGCAUAACCUGUGUAGGAAAUGUGCCAGUGAUAUCUUCCAGGCCUCUAACCCAUACUUGCCCACAAGAGGAGGCACCACGGUGGCAUCAGGAGGCCGAUUCCGCUGCCCAUCCUGUAGGCAUGAAGUGGUUUUGGACAGACAUGGGAUAUAUGGACUUCAGAGGAACCUGCUGGUAGAAAAUAUCAUUGACAUCUACAAGCAGGAGUCCACCAGACCAGAAAAGAAGUCCGACCAGCCCAGGUGCGAGGAGCAUGAAGAAGAGCGCAUCAACAUCUACUGUCUAAACUGCGAGGUGCCCACCUGCUCUCUGUGCAAGAUCUUUGGGGCACACAAGGACUGCCAAGUGGCUCCCCUCACUCACGUGUUCCAGAGGCAGAAGUCUGAGCUCAGUGAUGGCAUUGCUGUCCUUGUGGGAAGCAAUGAUCGAGUCCAGGGAGUGAUCAGCCAGUUGGAGGACACCUGUAAAACUAUUGAGUGUCUUGCAGAGCUGGCCUGGCCAGGCACCUGGCCCUGGACUGGUCCUGGCGAGCUGCUGAGCUUAGGAGAAAUCACAUUGUGGACUCCUUGUUGCCCUUUAAAAGUAAUGUGUUCAGUUGAGGAAUGCUGCAAAAAACAGAAACAGGAACUUUGUGAGAAGUUUGAUUACCUGUAUGGCAUCCUGGAGGAGAGGAAGAAUGAGAUGACCCAAGUCAUUACCCGAACUCAAGGGGAAAAACUGGAACAUGUCCGUGCUCUGAUCAAAAAGUAUUCUGAUCAUUUGGAGAAUGUAUCAAAGUUGGUCGAGUCAGGAAUCCAGUUCAUGGAUGAGCCAGAAAUGGCAGUGUUUCUGCAGAAUGCCAAAACCCUGUUACAAAAAAUUUCUGAAGCAUCGAAGGCAUUUCAGAUGGAGAAAAUAGAGCAUGGUUAUGAGAACAUGAACCACUUCACAGUCAACCUCAAUAGAGAAGAGAAAAUAAUACGCGAAAUUGAUUUUUACAGAGAAGAUGAAGAGGAAGAAGAAGAAGGAGAAGGAGAGGGAGAAGGAGAAGAGGAAGGAGGAGGAGACAGAGAGGAAGAAGUACAAGAAGAAGAAGAAGUAAAAAUCGAAGAGGUAGAACAUGUUGGAACAGAGCCAUCAGAAGAAGAUGAAAGCCUGGAGAAAGCCUUGGAGCUCUCUCAGCUGGCCUCAGAGGUCCAGGCUGCCCCAGCAACACUUCCUGUUUCCUCUCCAGAGCCACCUCCAGCCCUGCCACCUGCUGCAGAUGCCCCAGUGACACAGGGGGAGGUUGUAUCCACUGGCUCUCUGCAGGCCACAGAGUCUGAAACUCCAGUCCCUACAGCAACGGACAGCGUGGAUCCCUUGCUUUACCCUAGUUGGUAUAAAGGCCAAACCCGGAAAGCUACCACCAACCCACCUUCCACCCCAGUGAGCGAAGGUCUGGGGCACAUAGGGCCUCCUGGUUCUGAGGAUUCGAGUGUGCAGAAGGCAGAAGUGGCAGAAGCUGCAGCCAGUGAGAGAGCAGCAGUGAGUGGUAAGGAAACUAGUUCACCUGCAGCUACUUCUCAGAUUGGAUUUGAGGAUCCUCCCCUCCAGGGACAGGCUGCAGCUUCAGGGAGUGGGAAUGGAGCUGAUUCUGAGCCAGCUCGCCAUAUCUUCUCCUUUUCCUGGUUGAACUCCCUGAACGAAUGAUGUUCAUUCCAACUGCUGCCCCGCUGUCUGCCUGGCUGAAAUGGAACCUAGAUGAAAUUAAUAUGAUGUAAAUGAUGAAAGGGACCUUGGAACAAGAUUUCUGCAACAAAAGAAAAAUCUUUAAUUCCAGAUGAUUUAUCUAACACAUUAAGGGAAAACAGCUGCAGAAAGCACUGGGAAAAAGAAAGUUGAUCUUAUGCAAAUCUUUUAUUGUGUGGGAAACAGUAUGAAGGAUGUGUCAGUGUGGUAUGUGUGAGCAUGUGUCAGUAACAAGUGGCAAGUGUUGAAAAAAGUGGGCACUAUACUCUUAUCGCUAAUAGGCACUGGCUUUUGUUAUUAUAUAAUAGUAGCUCUUAUUCUCUUUCCUUGUUAACAAUGCAUAUGGCUAGUGAAAUUCACUAUUAAUUUAGAAGUGACUGAUUUAUCAAUAUAUGGACAAAAGGUAAAUCAUUGACCAAAGGUAAGAUAUGUUUCACAAAGGUUUCAUCUUUCCAUAAUAUAUGUUGUUGGACGUAUAUCUAGAAAUGUUCUUUGACUCUGGUGACACGUUCAUAGUCCAGAAGGCUGAAGGUCUAGGACAUUUAUUGUGACAUUUUUCUAAUCUAGUUUUAGAUAUGCAGGUAACAAGCACUGUAAUUGAGGAGAAAAAAAAAACCUUUCCACAGGAACCAUCUACUUUCUCAUGUAUCCAAUGAGACACAACUUCACGUAUUUAAAUAUAUAUGUAUGUAUAUAUACAUAUAUACAUAUAUACAUAUAUAUGUUUUAUUUGUUUUAUUUGUCCCACCAUAAUGCCUCCUUCAGAACAUAAAUACAACUUUACUCUGUAUGAACUCUUAAAUAAAUGCUAAGUUUUUAA